AUGCCGCCAGGCACUAUCUUGUUGAGCGAGGCACGUCAGGACUCAGACCGAGUUGUUCUGCACCCAGUGCCUACUUCCGAUCCCAACGAUCCUCUGAAUUGGUCGACAUGGAGAAAAUAUACCAACUUCUCCCUAAUCCUCGUCUACGUCUUUUUCACCUUUGUUCUUUUGAACAUCGGAUCUGUUGCUUAUAGCAGCUAUGUGCAAGACUUGGCUGUGUCAUAUAGCGACUACAACACCUCCAUCGCACUGGUGUACGCUGGGCUAGCUGUUGGGUGUUGGGCAUUCAUUCCGUUUGUUUACCGAUACGGACGCCGACCUUUCUACCUGAUCAGCCUUCUUAUCCAGCUAGCGAGCGCUGUGUGGGCUGCCAACAUGACGACUUCCCGAGAAUUUCUGGCCACCAAUGCACUGGUAGGUUUUGGGGGAGCCAUCAGCGAGACACUUGUCCAGAUCACUCUAGCGGAUACCUUCUUUGUCCAUCAAUACGCCACGAUGAACGCUCUCUACUUGUUUGUCCAGGCAACGGGAAGUUUUCUCGGGCCGGUAGCCGGUGGCUACAUAAUUUCUGGAAUGGGUUGGAGAUGGAUCUUUUGGUGGGCUGCCAUCUUCAUCGGUGCUACUUUUAUUGCGGGCUUUUUCCUAGCGGAAGAAACCAGCUACGUUUCGAGCCUGACGGCACACCCGCUGCAACAUUCACAGGACACAACAACCCAAAACUUUGAGGAAGAGAAGAAAGCCGACAUCGAGGCCAUCGAUGCCACGGAUGCCGGCAGUGUCACGUUGCCUAAAAACACCAGAAAGCCACUUCGCCAACGCUUGGCUUUGAUAACCAGGAAUGACGUCCACAUCAAGCCACACUUCUAUCAGCCAUUUUCUAUGCUGAUCAGAAUCCCGGCGAUUAUGUACGUUACUCUCACCUUCGGAUCACUCUUGUCUUGGUAUUCGGCCAUGUUCUCCGUCGCAGCCUCCAUGCUACCCCUGCCGCCUUACAACUUCACCGCGGUGCAAGUUGGGCUCUUUUUCCUUGCGCCGUUUGUCGGUGCCGUCAUCGCCACACCGCUCACUGGACCCUUGUCGGAUUGGAUGAUCCUUCGAUUGGCCAAGCGGAAUAAUGGUGUUUAUGAGCCGGAAAUGCGUCUCUACCCUGCCUUCAUUGGAGGGAUUCUGACUAUGGCUGGAAUUCUAAUGUUCGGCAUGGGCAUUGUUUACGGUGCCCCUUGGAUUUUGCUUGCCGUGGGCGUGGCAAUUUACACGCUAGGAUUCAUCAGCUGCACCGACAUCGCUCUCGCCUACUUGAUAGAUUCAUACGUAAAUAUCAUUGGAGAUGCCAUGGUUGGGAUUGGUACUGUCCGCAACUUGUUCGCCGUCAUCGUCCUAUUCGGCCUCGGCCCGUGGAUUGAGGGUAUGGGAUUAAGAAACUUUUUUAUCCUGCUGUCUGCAGUCGCCUUUGCUAUCCUACUUAUACCUGUCCCGCUCCUCAUUUGGGGAAAGAAGAUUCGAAGUAGAACCGCAGAGGUGUACCGCCACUAUGCUUCACGCCAGCCAAUGCGCCGGGAUUAA